CAGGAGGAUGUCUAGCAGAGCUUUCUGUAAAGGUAUUAAAGUGUUCAGCUCUUUUCAUGUUUGCCAACCAAUUUUAAUGCCCUGUUGAAGGAGGAAUAGGAAGACCUGUGGUUUACACCCAGUGUCAACAGCAAGGCUAGCGAAGAGCGCAUGGGAAAUGAGAAACUCCGAGGGCAGGUUUUGCGAAGCGGGUAUCAAAACCGGGGGUUCCACGGCAAAACGACUCAGACUAAAACAAAACAAAACAAAAUAAAAGAAACCUUCCCCGCUGGGUGAACAAGUCAUUUGGAAAAUAUAAUUUCUAAAUUAGGAAUAAAGGUAAGCCUUGUAGCAUGGUGGAUCAUCCGUCAGGGAAGCAAAAAACUCUUUGGGAAGCCGGGCGCCCGCCCGGCCCGGGCGGUGCGUGCUCCGCCAGCGCCGCGGCUCCUCCGGUGCCCACUCGUGUCCCGCGGCGCUGCUUUCACCUGGGAGAAGCCGGACAGGCGCGGACACGAAGCCUUGGCGCAAGUGAUGCUAAACACCCGAGAAGUCGGCCCCGGCGGCGGGUGUCCCCACCGAGGGUGCCCCCACCUGCGAGCCCCCGCAGGAGCGGGGCUCCGGGGGUCACCCGGAUUGUUCCCCGAGGGGCGACAGUCCCGGCUGAGCGCUGUCCCCGCGCCGCACAGCGCCCGUCCCGAGCCCCCGGGGCACCCGGGGACUGCUCCUCUCCGGGCCGGAGCCUGAGCGGGCCGUGGCCCCGCUGCCGGCCUCCCCUCAGGCCUGGCUCUCCCGGGACCCCGAGCCCGGCUCGCCCGGAGCCCCGCUCCCCGCCGGGGUGCGCAGGCCAGCGGAGGGAUGCUGCCGCGCAUUGCUGCGGAGCCGCUGAGGACGUGAAGGAGCAUCCCGAUGGCGGCAUUAAGCAGGAGCUGCUCUGCGUGCAGCGUGACCGGCUGCACUCUGGGAAUUACUGACCAAAAAAUCCCAACAAACCGAAACUCCCUCUCCAAGCCCACCCACAAACAAACAAAAAAUAAAGAAAACUCUCAAAACAUCGACAGAAAAAAAAAUUUCCCAAAUCUAACCAAAACUCCGCCGAACCCUCUGUCAAAUAGUUUCACUUUCCAUCAAAUUCGAAAAACUUGCACGAAGUUUAGGUCUAAAUGCCAAAGGCGUAAAGAAAUGGUUAGGCAGAUAAAUUGAAGUAAAAACCGAUGCAGCUAAUUAAUCACAUUGCAAUGUAUAAAUAAAGCGAGAAUUUUGUUUUGGCAAUCUUUUUUUUAACGCUUAUACAAGUCUUUCGCUAUAAAUGCGUUUCACAUCAUUCUCAGGUGCGGUUUUAAAUCCUGGAAUAGCGAGGAAAGGAAGGCUAAAGAUAAAGCGCGAGUAAGCGCUAACGAGGAUAUUCUUUGUUGAGGAAAAAUAAUGUGUUCCUCGUAAACGGACUCUAAUGGCUUGUUUUCAUUUCAUGCGUACAAUUUCCUACCUUCUUUGAUGGAGAGUUGAUGGGGUAAAUAGUCUAAUCUUAUUCAGUUCACCUCCUGUGGA